AUGGCUCCUCAGAAGCACGGUGGAGGAGCGGGGCCCAGCUCGGGCUCCGCUGGCGGCGCCGCCGGAGGAGGAGGUGGCGGCGGAGGAGGCGGCGGGUUCGGGGGCUCUGCCGCGGCGGCGGCUCCAGGCGGUAAAUCCGGCGGUGCCGCGGGCGGCGGCGGUGGCGGCGGAGGCAGUGGGUACUCGGGCGGCUCCUCGGCCUCCUCGGCAGCGGCGGCGGCGGCUGCGGCGCUGCCCCCCGUGAAGAAGCCGAAGAUGGAGCAGAUCCAGGCCGACCACGACCUCUUUCUUCAGGCCUUUGAGAAACCAACACAGAUAUACAGAUUUCUACGUACCCGGAAUCUAAUAGCACCAAUAUUUUUGCACAGAACUCUCACUUACAUGUCCCACAGAAACUCCCGAACAAAUAUCAAAAGGAAGACAUUCAAAGUAGAUGACAUGUUAUCAAAAGUAGAGAAAAUGAAGGGAGAACAAGAAUCUCACAGCUUGUCUGCUCAUUUGCAACUUACAUUUACUGGGUUCUUCCAUAAAAAUGAUAAGCCAUCACAAAACUCAGAGAAUGAACAAAAUUCUGUCACUCUGGAAGUACUGCUAGUGAAAGUUUGCCACAAGAAACGAAAGGAUGUCAGUUGUCCAAUAAGACAGGUUCCUACAGGUAAAAAGCAGGUGCCUUUAAACCCAGACCUCAGCCAAAUAAAACCAGGCAACUUCCCAUCACUUGCAGUUUCCAGCAAUGAGUUUGAACCAAGCAACAGCCAUAUGGUGAAGUCUUACUCAUUGUUAUUCAGAGUCACUCGCCCAGGAAGGAGAGAAUUUAACGGACUGAUCAACGGCGAAACGAAUGAGAACAUUGAUGUCAAUGAGGAGCUUCCAGCUAGAAGAAAAAGAAACUCUUCAAAUCGUGAAGAUGGGGAAAAGACAUUUGUAGCACAAAUGACUGUAUUUGAUAAAAACAGACGCUUGCAACUUCUGGAUGGGGAGUAUGAAGUGGCCAUGCAGGAAAUGGAAGAGUGUCCAAUUAGCAAGAAAAGAGCAACAUGGGAAACUAUUCUGGAUGGGAAGAGGUUGCCUCCAUUUGAAACAUUUUCUCAGGGACCUACACUUCAGUUUACUCUUCGUUGGACAGGUGACACAAAUGAUAAGUCUACAGCUCCUAUAGCUAAGCCUCUUGCAACACGAAAUUCUGAAAGCCUCCCUCAAGAAAACAAACCCAAUUCUGUUAAACCUACUCAGACUAUAGCUGUGAAAGAAUCUUUGCCUACAGACCUUCAAGCAAGAAAAGAGAGAGAUGUUUUAAAUGAACCUAGACAGAAGUUGCGAAUAUUUUACCAGUUCCUUUACAACAACAACACGAGGCAGCAGACUGAGGCCCGAGACGACUUGCACUGCCCCUGGUGCACACUGAACUGUCGGAAACUCUAUAGUUUACUCAAACAUCUUAAACUCUGCCACAGCAGAUUUAUCUUCAAUUAUGUUUAUCAUCCAAAAGGUGCUCGGAUAGACGUGUCCAUCAACGAGUGCUACGAUGGCUCCUAUGCAGGGAACCCCCAGGACAUCCAUCGCCAGCCCGGCUUCGCCUUCAGCCGCAACGGGCCAGUCAAAAGAACUCCAAUCACACACAUCCUGGUGUGCAGGCCAAAGCGCACGAAAGCGAGCAUGUCCGAGUUCCUGGAGUCGGAGGACGGAGAGGUGGAGCAGCAGAGGACGUACAGCAGCGGGCACAACCGGCUCUACUUCCACAGCGACACCUGCCUGCCCCUCCGCCCCCAGGAGAUGGAGGUGGACAGUGAGGAUGAGAAGGACCCGGAGUGGCUUCGGGAGAAAACCAUUACACAAAUUGAAGAAUUUUCUGAUGUUAACGAAGGAGAGAAAGAAGUGAUGAAAUUAUGGAAUCUUCAUGUUAUGAAGCACGGGUUUAUUGCUGACAAUCAAAUGAAUCAUGCCUGUAUGCUGUUUGUUGAAAACUAUGGACAAAAAAUCAUUAAGAAGAACUUGUGUCGAAACUUUAUGCUCCACCUGGUCAGCAUGCAUGACUUUAACCUCAUCAGCAUCAUGUCCAUAGACAAAGCUGUGGCCAGGCUCCGAGAGAUGCAGCAGAAAUUGGAGAAAGGGGAAUCGGCCUCCCCGACAGAUGAGGAAUCUUCCGAGGAACAAAGUGGGACAGCAAAUGGAUACAGUGAAAAUACCAUGAGAGAGAGGAUUUCAGAAGUGGAAAGCAUCUCAGGUGUCACGAAACAGAGCAAGAAGCAGAAGCUCUGAAGUCAAAAGUCAAUUGUCAUUCAACGGACAAGCAUUGAAGUGACAUUCUAGGGUGCAUGAGCUCUAUAAAGAAUUACACACAGAAAUACAGGGAUUCCAAACAGGCACUGCUGGAUGGAAAUAAAUGAUUUCAACAAGGAUAUUGUUUAAACAGGGUUUUUAUUCAGUUACUUAUGCAAGUACUUCAUGUAUAUUGGUUUUGGUGAUGUAAUGACAAUAUUCUAAGAGUUUGAGCAUGAAGAGCAAUAUAAAAAUCUUUUUGUAAUUU